CGUGGGGUCCCUGUCAGACGAGCCCGGAAGUGCUCGUACCGACGCCUUUAGCCGCCGUGUUGUACAGUAGAGCAACAACAAGGCCGGGUGAUUGUCAGACAUGGAGCGCGUCAUGGGAGGAGGAGUUCUUCAGCUGGUUUUAGUAAGUGCGGGGAUCUUGUUUCUUUAUCGAAUACUUGUCCGCCUCAGACCAGGAGCGGCUCUGCAGGACGCUGUGGUGGUCAUCACAGGGGCCAGCUCUGGACUCGGGAAAGAGUGUGCUCGGGUCUUUCACGCUGCAGGCGCCCGGCUGGUGCUGUGUGGACGCGAUGCAGCCCGCCUGCAGCAGGUGGUCCAGGAGCUCACAGCAAGUUCAACAAGCUCACGACCACAGACUUACACUCCCAGCACCGUCGUCUUCGACUUGUCCGACACAGACACAGUGGACCGAGCUGCAGAGGAGAUCCUGAAGUGUUACGGGCGAGUGGACGUCCUCAUCAAUAAUGCUGGAAUCAGUUAUCGCGGCAACAUACUGGAUACCCACCUUUCAGUUCAGCGGGAUGUUAUGGAAACAAAUUACUUUGGGUCCAUUGCUCUUACUCAAGCUCUCCUGCCCUCCAUGGUUCAUCGACGCAGCGGCCACAUCGUUGUCAUCAGCAGUGUCCAGGGCAAGAUAGCCAUUCCUUACAGAUCCGCCUAUGCCGCCUCAAAGCACGCCACCCAGGCCUACUUUGACUGCUUACGGGCCGAGAUCGAGCACUACGGGAUCCCAGUGACCGUGAUCAGUCCCGGGUACAUUCGAACCAGCCUGUCGGUCAACGCUGUCACAGGAGACGGCUCCAAGUACGGAGUUUUGGAUAAAAGCACAGCGACGGGUUGGGACCCCAGAGAUGUGGCUCAGGCUGUUCUGAAGGCUGUCCGUCACAGGAGCAAAGACGUGGUUUUGGCAGGACCUCUGCCCAGCGUGGCCAUUUACCUCCGCACGAUGUGGCCGGCACUCUUCUUCAAACUCAUGUCCUCUCGCGCUCGCAAGGAGCAGAAACCCAAAGACGAGUGACGCUGCAGCAGGUGAGGACCACGAGGCUCACAGCGCACGUUAAGAGGCACAUGGACCAAAAACACGACAGUUACUGCUUCACACGGAGGCCAGAUGAGCCAGAGGUGUGAGUAGAUGAAGCUCCUCAGUUACACAAACCAGAAACCUGUAUGUUGUAACAGCACCUAUGUGGAGUUUGUUUUGAUUAACACCUGACAUUGACCAGACAGGACUUCACUUUGUUCUCAGAAAUCACUGUUUAAAAGUGGAACGUCUGUUAUUGACAAAUUGACAAUUUGUUACCUAUUUGCAGGAAUAUUGACGUUUAAUUUGUAAUUCUGUCAGGUCUGGGACAUAUCGUCCAGGUCGUCAGCUGUUAUCUAAAAAGCCUUCAGUAUCAAAUUUGAAUGACGGAAAAAAAAGAGAACAGAUGAGAUUUAAUUGGUGAACAUGACACUGAACUGCAGUCCAUCUAAACAACAGAAACAAGUAUAUGAAAACUACUUAAUCCACCAAAGUGCAGGACUUGAUCACAGUAUUGUUUGUUGUUGCAAGUGAAGAUGGGAGGGGAAAAAAGCACUUUUUGUCAACAAUCUCAUGUCUGUCCUGGAGACGUGGUCCAGCACCUGGCAUGUUGUUUGUGGGUCACCGGUACCGUGUGGCAUACAGUCCACGCCACUGUAAACAAAGUGCUUUUAAUACACGUAGAGGAAGGAAAUGCUGCUUAUCGCUGUCAAGUAGUGUUUUUUGUGGUCCGUUAGGCAACAGCUUGGUCCAUAUUUACAUCCCGUCAGCUGAUGUUAUUCUCAUACAGUGCAGCAGGAAAUAAACUGGGACACAUUUGGAAUGUUUCCAUUUACUAACUGUGAAAUGGUGUUUUAUAUUUCCGUUCAGUAUAUUCUUGUUAAUUAAAUGAGCUGAUUUGAUGAGUGAGAAUGUAUUCAGUAGCGGUUCAGCAGAGACACCACUCCACUCUCUGUUGGUAAAAACCCAAAGGCCACAUACUAAUAUUUAAAAGUUUGCAUUUGAACUGUUUUUAGCACAAAGUACACAAAUGAAUAAAACAAACAAGCAGGUUUUUAUAACCAUCUUUAUACACAGAAUAAAAACACAUUUUACAAACUGAAAACUUUAAGUUUCACUUUCUUAAUAUUAAGUUAGACAAAAAAAAAAAUUCUGAAAUGUUAAAAAUAAAUAAUCCAAACAAUUCACGUUAUGUUACAAAAGCGCAGUGAAGUUAAUUGACAUUUGUACAAAUAAAUCCUUCAGCAAAGAUUAAAAAAAACAAAAAAAACAUGCCAGAUUCAAAGAAAAACCUGCUGUUUAUUCCUCAUUAAGAGUCAUCUUCAUUGUAUCUAGUGUGUGAAGAUGAGUAAACAUCACGAGAGCUUUUACUUUGUCGAGUCAAAGCCCUCAAGGUGCUCGGAGACAAACAUUUAAAAUCCCAUUUGUGGAAUGAUGAUAAGAGCUCUCCUACAAUUUACACUCGGAGAUGAAGUUAAACACAUUGUCGAGACAAAAUGUUCACAAUACUGCAUAUUGAUGAUGCUGGUUGAUUAAAAAUUCAGAAACAAUCUGGAUGCAAUGAGUAUGCGGUAGGUGUGUGUUUGCUGUGAUGGGGAAAGCACUUAAAAGCAUCCAUUUACCUCUAACCUCGCCACAUGGAGAGUGUUUCGUUAGGAUCGAGUCAAUGGAGGAGUUUUAAUGUUUUGAACACAACCAAUCAGGUUUUACUGGUUAAAGAUCACUACUUAAAAAAAAAGCUCAAAACUAUGGCUUUAGUGUUUAAUAUCAUUCCAUACUUGUUACUGCUCGCUGUUGUGGAGUUGAAACAGAGUGCAACACUACUGGGAACUUUCAAUGGUUCCCAGUCAAUAAAAAUGAAAACGUGGUCGAUCACAUUCUGGGUUUAAACGCUCGACUCGCUUCUUUGAUACCAGCAAGAGAGCUAAAGUAAAACUACUCCAAACUAUGACAAGGUUAUUAAAAAUAUCAAAAUUAAAUGUCGACCUGUUUUUACGCAAUAACAAACCAACCUUGAAGAGCAUUGCAUCGCUAUUAUCAUCUCAACAUACAUUAAAAACAUACAUUAAAAAAAAGAUAAUCUGCAACUCCAAUGUGAUUUCAAGAGAAGUAGUAAAGUCAACCAACAAAAGCUGCCAUUUUGCAUGUAACAUUUGACCGUGAGGAAUGACAGACCUGAUUCCAAACACGCGCGGCAGGCUACGUUCCUAAAAAUGCAUCCAAUAAAACCUGAACUGAUCAAAAGCCUGUGAAAAGGAGGGCAGUAGUUCCUACUUUACCCGCUGUGUCGUACUCGACUUUUCCAACCGAGGCCACAAUAACUACGGAAUAGAAACAAGUAUCUCGCCACAUUCAAGCCCUUCUCACCACCAUUACUGUCUAAACCACCCUCCAGCAAUCGGGAUCUGAACUACACAUUUUGUGGGUUUAAUCUGAGAGAAUAGAAGACGGACAACAACACAACAAAGAGCAGGAAGAGACAUACAAGAUCAGUCAAAAUAUUAUUGUUCAAAUAUGGCAUAGUAUUUUCCUGUACAUGAGGUCGUGUUUUGUAAACGCAUUUGUUUUUCUAAAGUGUUUGUUUUUAAAGGGCGUUUCAAUUCAAAGAACAGCUCAGUGAAACCAACAAGUUUCCAACUCGCUUUGAACAAAGGUCAAGGUUCACUGUUAUUAUUGCACUUUUACAAACAGGGCGGGGGGGAGGGGGAGCGUCUUUUCUCCAAAGUAGAGGGGACGGCGAGGAGACAAACUCAUGUCCUCCAGAUGGCCGUGGGUCCUCUCCACCUCAGGGUGGUGGGAUGGAGGGCUCAGUCACUGCCAGCUCCUGAGCCAGGUCAUUGAAGCGAGCAAUGUAGUCCACGCUGCUCUCACUCAUCAUACAAGCAAGCUGAGAGUCCAUCUGCGAGCACAACCAAAGAGCUUUCAAUGUACAGUAAUGACAACAGCCUGAGCAGCAGCUAAGACAAAUGAAAAGAGAUUCAAAUCCACUUUUCUUUCCCUCCAGGGACGUCUGGAAUAAAAGAAUAGUUUGAUGGACUUUGUUACCAUUGGACUGAGCCAGGCUGACUGUUUGCAGUCUUAAUGCAGAGCUAAGCUGGCUGUAGCUUAAUGUAUGACAGUGGUGUCAAUCUUCUCAUCUCACUCAAGAAUGUGAAUUUAACUAUUUUCCAAAAAGGUCAAACUAUUUUCAAGGAAGCCAAUUUUUAGACUGGCAGAGUGUUCAACUGAAAAAGAAUAGCAAAUUAGCUAUUUUGUAAAAGACUCAAUACUAAGAACGUACCUCUGCCGCAUCAGGAAGGCCACGGGACUGAAAGGAAUCAUGGGAGUUGCAGUCCAGGAGACUGGGACCAAGCAAAGCUGUGCCGCUGGAGGGGCCGGAGGGGGUUAGGGUGGUCCGCUUGCCCUUAUCAGGAGAGACCAUGCUGGCUGGAGGGAAAAGAGAUGGACCGUGAAUAAAAGGGACAGAGUGGAAACAACGUCCUCUUUAUGGGACAUCGCUGCAAGAGGAAGUCCACAGGUGUGUCGGUGUUAUUGUGCAUUAAUAAGAGAAUAAAAGUGUUAAAAUGUGUUACUUUAGUUGUUCUUUUGUGAAUCUGUCUGACGUUAAAGAUCAGUCUGUUUGUCCCUCUCAAGCUUUAACUGUCAUUUCUAGUAUCAACUCUUUGGUUAGGAAACACACAGCAGUGUUCAGCAGAGCUACAAAGAAGAUCUGUACUAGUAUGUGCUUGUUUUUAAUUAUGGAGGAGAGAAAAAGACUCACAGAGGAGGCAUCCCAGUGCGGAGUCAGAUGAGUCGCUGGGGUACCACUGGGGGUCGUGGCUGGGCGACGGGAUCCAGCCUCUGGACGGGCUGACUGAGGGAGACGAGGCCAACAGUUUGGAGCCGUCGUUGUUGCUCAGCUUGGCUGGAGAGAGAGCGGCCUCCUCGCCUGCAGCAUAACAGGCAAACCGCCAUUAGAUCGCACACAGUGCUCAGUGAGCCUCUCAGAACUGAGAUAGUUGGUUGCACGUCAACAUAAUGCAAACUAAUGUAAUGUUAGCAUAUAGGAUAGAAACCCGCACACACCGUAGUGGGCAGAGUUGAUGGCGAGCUCGAUGAGGGAGUCACUGAUGUGUGUCUGGGUUUCUCCGGGGG